AUGUAUCUCGUCCAAGUUGGCCUCUGCCUCUGGCUCAUCUCCCAAAGAUGUUACGCCGGGUUAACCAAAGAUAUUGAACAGACCAAAAUUCUCGACGAUGGUCUUGAGCUCAGUAACCGCGAGCUGACUCAAGGCGAACGAGAUUUUGCAAUGUUUCCCGAACUUUCUUCAAAAGAUUCAUUCCCUGAUCAUGGCGAUACAGGAAGAUCGAAAGAAGAAAGCACUGACGUCAGCCCUGCGAGUUCAGCUGAAGGAAACGUGCCGACUGGAUCUCAAGCACGCCUUUCAUCAGCUAUUGAUAGUGACAGAUCUUCAGAAGAUGGACCGAUCUCUGCGAUAUCAAAGGGAAAGCAGCAUGCUCAUUCGGUGCCGCUAUACGAACAAUACAUCUCAUCCUACGGUGGAUCCGCCCGUCGGGAUUUUCAAGGCCAGCUCAGCCAUUAUCAAGGAAAUCCUAGAUUUGACCCUCAUGCUACAGCUAUGCAUCCCUUUCCGAUCACUAAUCAGUAUUGGGCUUUGGCUCCAAAUGACUUGCCGGGUCCAGACGUGUUGAUCCCGGCGUUUUCAAACGCAGAAGUCGCGGCGAUGCAUUCACCUUUUGGACAAGCUAUGGCGGUGAUGCCCUCGCCCUUGACCCCCGGACUUCUAUCAGAUCACAUCCAGGCGCCUUUGCCAUAUUACAAUACUCAUCUUAUACAUGAAGGGAACCCACAAGAAUUUGUCCCAUCGCAUAUCUCUGAUCCACAAAGCAUUUAUCUAUAUAAACUACACAGAAGAAAACUCGUCAAAAAAGCCUUCUCUCAGAUUAUGAUCGCAGAAGCAAAUUCCCACAAUGACCGUUAUAAAGCCAUUGACGCGAUCCUUGAGGAUUAUAAAUACCGCGGCGGUAGCUCCCAUGUCUCCAUGGUUGAGCUCCGCGAUCAAGUCGCAGAAAUUUACAAUCCCCAAGCGCCGGAUUUCCUCUACCACUGGUCUGCAGUGGCAAGAGUGGCCAUCGCCCUCGAUCAUAGGGAUCGCCGUAUCCAGUACGGCACUGUCGACGAGAUGCCCAAAAACGCUGAUCCCAUGGGCAACCCGCCCAUCGUACUCAGCAGGAAAGUCAAGUCACCCUUCCCUGCCGAAUACUACCGUCCUCCACGAGGAUUCGUUGGGGAACGAAAACCAGCUGGGGUCAAAACGCCAAAAGGGUUUCCCGAUGAAAUCGAGCAUCCCGAUGAAAUCGACGAUGCUUCAAUGUUCCCUGCAGGCGGCUCCCAUCACGUUAGCCAGCCAGCACCACCAUCCCCUCCACCACCACCAUUCAAUCCCAGACUGCCGUCACCGAACCCCCCUCCCUCCUCUGGAAAGGGAAAAAACCGUCGCCGCCACCGAAAAAGGCGGUCUUCAAACCAUAGCCAAGGUGGACCAAAAGCACCUCAGGUCCCCCUAUCUCUACGAGUGGCUCCAACUACUCAACCUACGGCCAGUGCAUCAAGAACUCAACUACCACCUACCCGACCAAACAAUAGUCUGUUUGAUAGGAUGGCCCAUACCGCACGGCAACCGGGAAAGCAACCGACUCCGUCGGUCGCAAAAAAUUCGAAAAGAAGAAGAUACUCUUCUCCUCCUUCCUCAUCGUCAAGUUCUUCUUCGAGUGACGGGUUUACACCUCCUCCACCAGCACCAGCUGUCUCUGGGGCACCAGCCACCUCUGGGUCCGAAGGGGAUGAUGAUGACGGCAUGGCGCCGUUCUUGGCUCAUAACGAGCAUCUCUCCCCCGAGGCAUUCACCCCUCUGUCACGGGAGAUCCAACAAAUUGCACUCCUAUACAAAUCCAACAUCAAAAAAUACGUUUCACUUUUCAACUCGUGUGGGAACCGUCCAGCAAACUGGCACAACAGUCUCACUCGAGACCUAUUGGAAUACAACUUUGUGGACCUCCGGAAACUCUACGGCGAAGUCUCGUCAGGCAAACCGUCAGAGUCUUUUCUCAAAGUCAAUGACUCCGGUAAGCUUAAGAGCAUCGACGGAGCGACUCCAAAAGAAAUCACCGACAACAACCAUUGGAAAGAUCUCAUGGCCGUCCUCCGUCACGCUUACAUCGCAGCUUAUCCUCCAGCUGCCACGGCAAUCAAAAAGUACUUCGAUUACAUUUUUGGCCUACCAGGACUUUUUCAAGCAAAAGUCAACUGGGAAGACGUCCGAGACUUUGACGUCGAACUUCGAAAGGAAUUCUCCUCUCGUCCUUGGCUGGUAUGGGGAGAUUACGCCCACGACAGCCUACGCGGUAUUGACAACCGAGUACUCUACAGCGCAGCUAGUAGAUUCUCUCAAACUCAUCGUGCGGCCACGUCAUCUUCCAACGCCGCUCGAGUCGCCUCCACUCCCAUGCCAUACCAAUCUUCGUCAGCCACCAAAACUUCUCAACCGAAACCCAGAGGCAAACGCAACAAGCCGAAAUAUGCCGUCAAACCGGGAAAAAACGUUCCUUUGGGUGAUCAAGUUUGUAAUAAUUGGAAUCUUGGUGUCUGUCCCUACACAGACGCUCAGUGCGACCGAAUCCACAACUUGUGCAACAAAGUUGGAUGCGAUGGCACUCAUCAAGGAGGCCGAGAACACAAAUGA